AUGUCGAGCACGCUGUUUGACGAUGUGUUUACCGUGACGGAGGUGGACCCCGGUCGGUACAACAAGGUGUCGCGGAUUGAGGCGACUUCGACGACACAGGAGCAGUGUAAGCUGUCGCUCGAUGUGAACACGGAUCUGUUCCCGGUGCAGACGCAGGAACAGCUGACGGUGACGAUUGCGUCGUCGCUGACGGGGGAGGAGGCCGGGAACGGUGCUGCCGGGACCAGGAGCUGGAGACCUCCGCCUCCUGGGGAGCGGUCGCUUGCCGAUGACUACGACUACGUGAUGUACGGGAUGGCGUACAAGUUUGAAGAGGUGAGCAAGGACCUCAUCGCCGUGUACUACUCGUUUGGCGGACUGCUGAUGAGACUGGAGGGCAAUUACAGGACUCUGAACAACGUGAAGCAGGAGAAUGCAUACCUUCUGAUCCGCCGCUGA